ACCUCCUGUCCAAAAUUCACGGUAUCAAAUCCACAGUUACAUCUAUCUAUUCUAUUAAAACACAAUCAUGUUCAAUUGAUAAAUAUUAAGUCCAAAAAAAUCUUUUAUAACUGUCGAUAUAUCUACAUUUUUUUACUUAUUUAUAAUUUUAUUUAUUGUAAUUUUCCUUUAUAAUUCUUAUAUUUCAGGGAUUCAUAACCACCACAUCUAUGAGAGUGCAAAUAAAUCACUGGUACAUGUUUGACUAAAAUCUAUAUAGUAACAACAUUUCAUUUAUCUUUUUCAAAAAAAAAAGUAACUACAUCCCAUUUAUACAUGACUAACUACAUUUUUUUAUGAAAACAACUACACAUUUUAUCACGGACAAUAUAUGUUAUAAUAUUUGAAUAAUAUAUAUUUCAAUAAUAUAAACAUUUAUCUUUUUUUCUAUAGAUUAUAGUUAACAUAAGCAGUUACCAAAAAUUAUAUUAAAUUAAAUUAGUACUAAACAUAUAUUUGAUUUUAAAAAACACAAAUAUAAAAAUUAAAUUUGUCAAAAAAAUUUAAAACAAAAAUAUACCUUUCCUUCGUUAUAAUCUAGUUAGACUAUUAGUUAAUAAACAUUUUACCAAACCGAAUCCACAAUUACGCUUCAUUUAAACAUGGGCUGGGCCAUAUAAACAGAGACCCAACUAAAAUAUGUUACGUGGCGGAUAACAAACUAGCGUAUGACUAGUGCCUUGCACAGUAGAGUGUCAACAGAAAAAAAGGAGGGAACUCAUAACUACUUCAUCCUUUUUCUUCUUACAUUUUGUUAUUAUUUGCAUCUUUUUCACUAUAAAUCCGCAAAAAGAAUAUCGAAAGAAAAAAAAAUAGCAAGUCUGAUGGAGACCAUGGAGCAACAAAGACAUUCACUCUCUUCAUUGCCUAUGCUCUCUAGGCUUGAGCAUUUGGACUUUGUUAUAAAGAACUUAGAAAGACAACAGAACCUUCCGAAAUGGAAAGAUGAAAGUGCAUCUACUACACGUGGAUUAAUCGAUAGAGGCACGGUUGUCAGAGAAGCUUAUUUCAAAGGAUCAUUACUAGAUAGAAUUGCAGCAUUGGAGACCAGACUUUUUCAGAUAUGUUUGGAGUUGGAGUCGAGCAGUGCAUCUUCUACUUCAACUGGAGGGUCCGGUGAAACAUCAAGCCAAAGGAUUAAGAGAGAUUUGACAAAGACAUUAUCCAUUUUCAGUAGCAACAUUAAUCCUUUUCAUAUUCCCUUACAGCAUUCACUAGACCCUCGGGAAACAGAAGAGAAGAUUGAAGAAGAGGAGAAGGAAGAGGAAGAGGAAGUGAUAAAUAUUGAGAAACCAUUGCUGGAGAAGAAGGAUGCUAAUGAAACAUGCAAACCAAACAAGAAGAAGACAAAAUCUUCCAAGAAAUGGUCCUGGUUUAACUUAUUGGGUUGCUAUUUUUUUUUUAUUAUUUGUACUAUGCAGUAUUUCAUAUUUCGUUUUAAACCUAAGUUUUCCUUCUAAACAAAUAUGGGAUAUGUUAUCCAUCAAACUUAAUUAGAAUUAAUUAAAAAAUUUGCUUAACAUAUUUACUUAUUUACAAACAUGAUUAUCUAUAAAAAAAAAGGAAUCUAGUGUGUCUUCCUAUAAUGCAGUUCUUUCGUUAACGACUAGUUUAGCAAUAUGAAUUGCAAAUCUAUAGUAUAUAGUACUCCAUAUAAGGGUAUAUAUAGAAAAAUACUUCCAAAUAGUAACAAAAUACAUAUUUUUUUGUUGCAAAGUGGCA